CUCAGUCAUCUAUAGUCACUGCGGAGAUUCUGGCCUUCUGCAAUUAGUCCAACAACUGCUUGUUCUCAAGCAGCUGCUCCUGCUCGACGCCGUGAUCCGAAGCAGUCAAAAUGUCGUACACCAUCCGCGUGAGAGUGAUCGAGAGCAAGCCCACUGCCUGGUACAGCGUUGUGGAGAAGUGCAACUGGCUCUAUGGCGGCUACUGGACUGAGGUGGACGGCGAGCACUUCCUCCACAUGGACGCCAGCGGGACGUCCGGCAUGCUGCGCUUCAGAAACCCUGCCGGCGAGUUCUUUCUCGUCGCUCUGGGGGUCCACAACUACAAGAGAUGGUGCGACAUCGUUGUGGACCAGAAGAAUACCAACACCGGCGUCGAGAUUCUGCCCACUUACUACAACAACGGGUCUCGCCAGGAGAUGCUGUGGAAGCAGCUGGCGACCUAUGAGAAGAAAACGAGCAAGGGCGAGACCAUCAAGGUUAACUACUACAAGGAGGACGGAAACAGUCUAUACGCCACAAUCACCAUCACUUAAGCUUGGGGCUGAAGCCAACAACGUCUGAUGCUGCUGUUGGUGUUUAGUCUGCCAUGACUCUCGCACUAGCGCAGGAGUGUCGAUCUACACCUUAGGCAGAUAAGACUGCGUUGAGAAUUACCUGCUUAGUGUUGUCUUGGAUUCCAUCAGACGUAUAGUUUCACUUGAGCUGACUUUCAGUUCAACUUCCUCACACACUUGGUAGCAACUGGCUGCUAACCAAGCUGUCAGGACAGAACGAUGUCUGUGGUGUGAAGGUUUUUGCUGAGAAAAUGCAAGCAAUAAAGCGCGUUUCUUUGUUGGUAC